CGCGUCGGCGUGAUUCGCAGCCAGCCGCGUCUCGUACAAGUACCGCGCUUCCCCCACCAACUCAGACUCUUACACUCCACACCAACACACCCAGCGACUUCAAUCAGCUUCACCAUCAAUAACACUUCUUCCAACACAACACUUUCUCAACAACCUCCAUCAAAAUGACUGGACGCGGCAAGGGUGGCAAGGGUCUCGGAAAGGGCGGUGCCAAGCGCCACCGAAAGAUCUUGCGCGACAACAUCCAAGGUAUCACCAAGCCAGCUAUCCGACGUCUCGCACGUCGUGGUGGUGUCAAGCGUAUUUCUGCCAUGAUCUACGAAGAGACCCGUGGUGUCCUCAAGACCUUCCUCGAGGGUGUUAUCCGCGAUGCCGUCACAUACACUGAGCACGCCAAGCGCAAGACUGUCACAUCUCUCGACGUUGUCUACGCCCUCAAGCGUCAAGGCCGCACCCUUUACGGUUUCGGUGGUUAAGCGAUUGGUCUUUGGUUUUCUACAUUUGCAUGGUUUUACGACACUCAGAUAUCCAUCAGCAUGAAGCUGCGGCGCAGAGACGGCCGGCGAUGGAUGGCGCGAUUGGGUUGGGUUUGACAGCGAGCACUUCACGCUCAGCUUACGGGUGCUGUAUCAUAAUGAACGGCUGGAGUUUACAUGGCAAGAGUCUAGCAGUCAAAGACUCGAAUGACACAUGAUACCAACACUUCACACAUGCUCUCA